UGUUAAUAAACAUCUGAGGACUCAUUUUCAAGAGAACCAUUCUGAACGUAUUAAAUGUGGGGAAGUCUUUUAUCAAAGAUCCAACCUUCUAUAUAACAGUAUGCAUAUAAGAGAGAAUCCUUAUAAAUUUAAUGAAUGUGAAAGAGAUUUUAACCAGUCCUCCAGUGUUGAUGAUCAUCAGAGAAUUCAUGGGGGAAAAAACCCAUACAGAUAUAAUGAUAAGCCUGGGAACAUGUUUAGUCAGUCAUCAGUAAUAUGUAUUCAUAAGACAAUCUGUAGUGGAGAGAAACCUUACAAAAGUAAAGAAUGUGGCAAGGCCUUUAAGCAGCACUCAACCCUUACUCAACAUCACAGAACUCAUACUAGAGAGAAACCUUUUAAGUGUAAAGAAUGUGGCAAGGCCUUCAACAAGCCCUCAACCCUUACUCAACAUCACAGAAUUCAUACUGGAGAGAAACCUUACAAAUGUAAAGAAUGUGGCAAGGCCUUUAUCCAGCAGUCACACCUAACUGUACAUCACAGAAUUCAUACUGGAGAGAAACCUUAUAAAUGUGAAGAAUGUGGCAAGGCCUUUAGCUUUCAGUCAAGCUUUAUUAAACAUCACAGAAUCCAUACUCGAGAAAAACAUUACCAAUGUAAAGAAUGUGGCAAGGCCUUUGAGCAGGAACCAGACCUUAUUCAACAUCACAGAAUUCAUACUAGAGAGAAACCUUACAAAUGUAAAGAAUGUGGCAAGGCCUUUAGGAAGCAAUCACAACUUACUCAACAUCACAGAAUCCAUACUGGAGAGAAACCUUACAAAUGUAAAGAAUGUGGCAAGGACUUUAGCUUUCAAUCAAGCUUUAUUCAACAUCACAGAAUUCAUACUGGAGAAAAACCUUAUAAAUGUAAAGAAUGUGGCAAGGCCUUCAACAAGCCCUCAACCCUUACUCAACAUCACAGAAUUCAUACUGGAGAGAAACCUUACAAAUGUAAAGAAUGUGGCAAGGCCUUCAUCCAGCAGUCACACCUAACUGUACAUCACAGAAUCCAUACUGGAGAGAAACCUUAUAAAUGUAAAGAAUGUGGCAAGGCCUUUAGCUUUCAGUCAAACUUUAUUCAACAUCACAGAAUCCAUACUCAAGAGAAACAUUACCAAUGUAAAGAAUGUGGCAAGGCCUUUAAGCAGGAAGCAAACCUUAUUCAACAUCACAGAAUUCACACUAGAGAGAAACCUUAUAAAUGUAAAGAAUGUGGCAAGGCCUUUAGAAAGCAAUCACAACUUACUCAACAUCACAGAAUCCAUACUGGAGAGAAACCUUAUAAAUGUAAAGAAUGUGGCAAGGCCUUUAUCCAUCGUUCAAGCUUUACUCAACAUCAUAGAAUUCAUACUGGAGAGAAACCUUACAAAUGUAAAGAAUGUGGCAAAGCCUUUAACCAGCAAUCACACCUUAAUACACAUCACAAAAUUCAUACUGGAGAGAAAUCUUACAAAUGUAACGAAUGUGGCAAGGCCUUUAGCUUUAAAUCAGGCUUCACUCAACAUCACAGAAUUCAUACUGGUGAGAAACCUUACCAAUGUAAAGAAUGUGGCAAGGCCUUUAUCCAGCUCUCACACCUUAAUCGACAUCACAGUAUUCAUCAUGUAGAGAAACCUUAUAAAUGUCAAGAAUGUGGCAAGGCCUUUAACCACCACUCAGGCCUUACUCAACAUCACAGAAUUCAUACUGGAGAGACACCUUACAAAUGUAAAGAAUGUGGCAGGGCCUUUAAGCAGCAGUCAAACCUUAUUAAGCAUCACAGAAUUCAUACUGCAGAGAAACCCUACAAAUGUAAAGAAUGUGGCAAAGCCUUUAAGCACCAUGUACACCUUAGGCAACAUCACAGCAUCCAUACUGGAGAGAAACCUUACAAAUGUAAAGAAUGUAGCAGGGCCUUUAUCCAUCAGUCAGGCCUUACUCGACAUCAUAGAAUUCAUACUGGAGAGAAACCUUACAAAUGUAAAGAAUGUGGCAAAGCCUUUAACUGGCAUUCAGCCCUUACUCUACAUUACAGAAUUCAUACUGGAGAGAAACCUUUCAAAUGUAAAUAUUGUGGCAAGAGGUUUAUCCAGCAAUCAAGCUUUACUCAACAUCACAGAAUUCAUACUGGAGAGAAACCUUACAAAUGUAAAGAAUGUGGCAAGGCCUUUAUCCAGCAGUCACACCUGACUUUACAUCACAGAAUUCAUACUAGAGGAAAGAAACCUUACAAAUGUAAAGAAUUUGGCAAAGCCUUUAACCAUCCAUCAAGCCUUAUUAAACAUCACAGAAUUCAUAGUGAAGAGAAACCUUAG